GACCUGGUUGUCAUGAGAGCGGCGUCCGCGCCCCGGGCGAUGGGCGGAGGCGGCCCGGGCUGCGCCUCAGGUGCCACCGCCUCAGCGGCCUGGGAGCGCGCGGAGCCGCGGCUGUCCCGGCGGCCAGCCGAGGGCCGGUGCCCGCCGGCGCGCGGGCCCCGGAGCGAGGCCUAGGCUCCGGGGCCUCAGCGGGCCCCGCCCGCCGCCCGCCGCCCGCCGCCCGCUGUCGCCGGCCCCGGCGUUCGGAACAGGUUAAAUCAUUUCCGGAGUGCGUAGCAUCCCUAGCACAAUGUAGGUGCUGUGUCAGUGGUUGGGCUGUUCCAGGAAUAACGACAAAGUUACAGCCUGCAGGGACCUGGCCUGCGCUCCAUGAACCGCGGCGCCUGCAGAAUGCCCCACAAGAUCGGAUUUGUGGUCGUCAGCUCGUCUGGACAUGAAGACGGCUUCAGUGCCCGGGAGCUCAUGAUCCACGCACCCACUGUCAGCGGGUGGCGGUCCCCCAGGUUCUGCCAGUUUCCACAAGAGAUCGUUCUUCAGAUGGUGGAGAGGUGUCGCAUACGGAAGCUGCAGCUGCUGGCUCACCAGUACAUGAUCUCCAGCAAGAUCGAGUUCUACAUCAGUGAAAGCCUGCCGGAGUAUCUCGUGCCGUAUCCAGCCGAGCGCUUUCGGAGACUUGGCUACGUCUCCCUCUGCGACAACGAGAAGACGGGGUGCAAAGCCCGGGAGCUGAAGUCCGUGCACGUGGACGCGGUGGGGCGAUUUCUCAAGCUGAUUUUCCACCAGAACCACGUCAACAAAUACAAUGUGUACAACCAGGUGGCUUUGGUCGCAGUGAACAUCAUUGGGGACCCUGCGGACUUCGGCGACGAGAGGAACGUUACCUCUAGGGAGAAGCUCAUCGACCAUUAUCUCGGGCACAACACAGAGGACCCAGCCCUCGAAGGAACCUACGCCGGGAGAUCGGACUACAUUUCUCCACUGGAUGACCUGGCCUUCGACAUGUACCAGGACCCAGAAGUCGCGCAGAUUAUCCGCAAGUUAGAUGAGAGGAAACGGGAGGCCGUCCGGAAGGAGCGCUAUGACUGCGCCAAGAAGCUGAAGCAGGCCAUCGCCGACCUGCAGAAGGUUGGCGAGCGUCUCGGGAGGUACGAGGUGGAGAAACGCUGCGCCGUGGAGAAGGAGGACUACGACCUGGCCAAGGAGAAGAAGCGCCAGAUGCAGCAGUACCGCGCCGAGGUGUACCAGCAGCUGCAGCUGCACAGCCUGCUGGACGCCGAGCAGAUGCGAAGACCUUUGGAUUUGCCUGUCCAGCCCCUCAUUCGUUCUGGGAGUCCACGCCACCAAAAGCCGGUGCCCUCGCUGCCCCAGCCAGAGGAGGGGGUGACGGAAAACCAGUCUGCAGAGCCUAUCCUCCAGGAGAAGCCCGCGUACUCUCCAUCCGUUUCUCCACGGCGUUCUGCCAUGGGCCAGUUCCUGCCAGCCACGGGGCCUCCUGCCAAGAGCGUUGCGGAGGCCCUGCCCUACGAUGAGCGGCCGCUGCCCGCCGCGCGCAGGCAGCAGGGGGACGCACUGGUGCAGCCAGAGACGAGUGACGCCGACGGCAGCGAAGACGCUCGGAGGGCGGGCGUUCCCGGGGAGCCGGAGCCCUUGACGGAGAAGGCCUUGCGGGAAGCCGGCGCUGCCAUCGACGUGCUGGGAGACACCUUGGUGGCCGGGGCCUACUCCAAGACGUGGUCCUACCGAGAAGACGCACUGCUUGCUCUCUACAGAAAGAUGACGGAGAUGCCGGCCGGGACCCCAAAGGAAGACGUGAAGAGCACGCUGAGGGCGGCCGUCUUUCUCAUCCGAAGAGCCAUAAAGGACAUCGUGACCUCCGUCUUUCAGGCUUCCCUGAAGCUGCUGAAGAUGAUCAUCACGCACUACGUUCCUAAACACAGGCUGGGCAAACCGGAGACCACGCACUGCGUCGAGAGGACGGUCCCUGUCCUGCUUGCCAGAACCGGCGAUUCCUCUGCCCGCCUCCGAAUCCUCGCUGCCAACUUCAUUCAGGAAAUGGCCUUGUUCAAGGAGGUUAAAUCUCUCCAAAUUAUUCCGUCUUACUUGGUGCAACCGCUGAAAGCCAACUCCUCGACUCACCUGGCCAUGAGUCAGAUGGACCUGCUGGGCCGGCUGCUGCGAGACCUGGGCACCGAGGGCUCGGGCUUCACGGUGGAUGGCGUGAUGAAGUUCUCCGUGAGCGCCCUGCAGCACAGGGUGUACGAGGUCCGUGAGGCGGCGGUGAGGGUCGUCCUGGACCUGUACCGGCAGCACCCGGCCUCUGUCCUGGAGCACCUCCCCGCCGAGGACAGCAGCGCGCGCAGGAACGUCCUGUACAGGACCCUGUUUGAGGGCUUCGCCAGAAUCGACGGCAGGCCCACGGGGGCUGAAGUGCAGGCACAGAGAAAGGCAGCUACAGAAGCCGCAGAAAGACGGAAGCAAGAGGAGAUCAAGGCUCUGCAAGGGCAGCUGGCGGCCCUGAAGGGAAUCCAGGCAGAAGUGCAGGAGAAAGAGGGCACCGCUGCCGUCACGGAGAAGCCACGGCCACAGGACACCCAGGAGAGGAGGGCGGCUCCGCCGGCUGCUCCGGAAGCUGCAGAGGGACACUACUUGGACAACCUGUGCAUCUUCUGUGGGGAGCGCAGCGACGCGUUCACGGAGGAGGGCCUGGACCUGCACUACUGGAAACACUGCCUGAUGCUCACGCGAUGUGACCACUGCAGACAGGUGGUGGAGGUGUGCAGCCUGACGGAGCACCUGCUGACCGAGUGUGACAGGAAGGACGAUUUUGGCAAGUGCUGCCGCUGCCGCGAGGCCGUCUCUAAGGAGGAGCUGCCCAGACACAUCGAGGCAAAGGACUGCAACCCCGCCAAGUCAGAGAAGCUGGCAAACCGGUGUCCUCUGUGCCAUGAGAAUUUCACGCCUGGAGAGGAGGCGUGGAAAGCUCACCUCAUGGGCCCUUCUGGCUGCACCAUGAACCUGCGCAAGACGCACAUCCUGCACAAGGCCCAGGCGCUGCAGCCAGGUAAAGGCCCAGCCGUGGCCAAGGCCGGGGCCCCAGGACUGAAGGCCGGAAGCAAGAUCCCCACCCCCAGGGGAGGCCUGAGUAAGGGCUCCACCAGGACCCGUGCAAAGCGGUGACCCAACUCACGCUCUGUCCCGUCGCUUCCUGAUUCUAACCCUGUCCUCCAAAAACUCCCAUGGACCUGGCAACCAGGCUCUGUCCGCACUGCCCCUGGCCUUCAGCCCCGCCCGGGCCCCACGUGCACAGCGUCAGCUGCACGUCAGUGACGUGUGUGGAUCCGACCAAAGAACCCCGCGCAGCCUCAGGGCCCCGCCGUGCCAGCCGCCACGACAAGAGGGAGGCGCCGUUCUGCGUGGGGCCAGCCAGGGACCACUGCACAGGACGGGCUCAGCCCGGGUCCUCUUGUCUGACCACGUGGCGUGGUUUCCAUAAAAAGUCACCGCAAGCCUCGCGCAGCCGGCCUCCACACAGGCUGCAGACUGCGCGGGACCUGGCUCAGCAGGCUGCCGGCCCAGGACAGACGCCCGCCGCCUUCUCCCCGGCAGGUCUGUCUGCCGACGGGGAGCAGGGCUCGCUCAGCUCCACGGAACUUGGGUUUCCCCUGUAACAUAAAUUAAGGUAAAAAGGAAAUUGUUAAAAAAAAAAAAAAAAAAAGCAGCAAGGGUUACUGCGAGCUGGCCCCGCCUCCACAAGCCCCGCCUCCACACGCCCUGCCCCGCCCAGCAGAGUCCACUGCCAGGUGGUCCAGGUUCUGCCCCUGCUCAGGAUGCUGCAAACUCUGCCCUAGUGGAUUCCCAAGAGCCAGCCGUGGAGUGACCGCACGCGAGCGCCCACAUCUGCUCGACCCUCAGCGGACAGCGCCCCGCCGGGCCCGGGGUCGCCUGGUGCCUUCCACAGCCCCCAGCGCUCACUCCACGUGACCGACGCUGCUGAAAGCAAACCUCAGGAAGCCGCCUCAACCAGUCGUCCUACUUCCGGGAACUUCAGGCAGACGCCUGGUCCCCUGGGACGGGGCAGGGCCUGUGUGCAGCCUACAGGGACUGGCCGUGUCCCCCCAGCCAGCUGCACCCCUGGCUGGGACUCACACUUCCUUCCCAAGCGUCCCGCGGGGGUGUGUGGGCUUGGUGGCCCUUGUGUCUCGAUCCCCACCGGGUGAAACCCACGAAGCGCAGGAACCAGCAGCAGUGUGGGUCCCGGACCUGCCGGCGACCCCGGCGGGGUGAGCUCAUACCUUCCAGCGUGGGCGUCUCAGCUACUAACACCAACAAGAGAGUAACCUUGACAAGUGCCGCCCAGCAAACUGGCGAGACCCCCGGGCGGGCGCCCGCUCCCCUCGCUGCCCUGGCCGCGGCUCCCGGAACGCUGACCAAAUAAAACAGCACCGAGAAACCCAGCUGGGCCUGGCUCCUUCUCUCCGGUCAAAGCUAGAAACGCUGCGUGACGUCGUGACGUCGUGCGUCCGUGGUGGGGAGGAUGUCCAGGAGGCUGCGUGCGUUCCAGGGAGCGGGAGCCAGACGGCCCCGUGACGCGCGCCUCCUCGAGGGGCGGCCAGCGGCGGCGGCACCGAGCUUCAGGAGUAGCCGGGCAGAAACCGCGCAGGCGCUCGGGGGAGCCGGUGCCGAGGCUGGAACCCCCCCGUAAGCACUGAGUGCACUCACGGACGUGUUGCGGGUAUUUAUACUGAGUUCUGUUUCACGUUCUGAGAUAUGCUAUUAAAUAACUGAAGAAAAUUGUUUCUAUACAUUUGGCAUUAGAACACCCACGUAAGUACUUUUAAUGAAGAUCUGCAGCUUCUUGCCGUUUGA